AUGGACAUGAACAAUUCUUCAUCUUCAUGGAAUGACACUCUUGUUUGUCAUCCCAUUCUUCUCGCACAAGGCAACAAGAGUCAACUCGGACUUUGUGAUGAUGAAAUUUCAGCUCUUGUCAUUGCUUCUCUUGUACUUGUUUGUCACGUCUUCUUAUUGUUCACUUCCUUGUUUGGAUUUAUUUAUAAAUUACAUCAAUUAAAGAAAUUGGAAAUGAAUUCCACAACAAAGAGGAAUGGACAGCAGGUCAAUUUCUUAACGGUGGCGAGAAAUCCAGCAUUGAUGAUUAUUGGAGCAUUGGCUGGAUUUAUUUACAAUGUGGUGAUAUCAGGACGUGUAUUAAUUGGGAGAAAAAAUUAUCCUUGUUUCAUAUAUUCUUUAAUUUAUUAUUUAAGUGUUCCUAUUAUGGCAAGUACAAUCAUUUUGAGAUUUAUUCGAUUGAUUGUACUGUCGUGGUUGAAUAAUGUGAAAGUGAGAAUUGCAAAAAGAGAAAUGAUUCUGCCAACUGUCAUUAUGAAGAAUAAGGAAAUUCAAAUGAGUGAAGUUACGAAAUCUCAGGAAACCAGUUUAACCAGUGCUCUUGUUCCAUCUUUAGAGAAUGUGACAUCUGACACCGCCCCUCAAAAUCACACUAUUACCAUUCCUCAACAAGACUCUGAAGAAGAAAUCAUUUUCAGAAAAGAGACCUUUCUUGAAAGCUUUGAAAAAGGAAGACUUUUGAAUUUUCUGAAAUUUUUAGUGAGCUCUAAAUUUAUUUUCCUUUUUUAUGGAAUUGUUUGUUUUGUUCACAUUUCAAUUUAUUUAAUUAUUGGAGGUGUGGAUUAUUAUCAUUUUAUGAAUGGAAUUAGAAGUGACAAUAAGAGACAGUCCUUUAUGAUUGACACGUUUUUAUUUUCAACAAGUGGAUGUGGAAACGGUUCUUAUAGUACCACACUGUUUAUUACGUAUUUAGCACUUUAUGCUUCGUUUGGAGUUAUUUUUGCAAUUAUUGCUCUCUUUAUGAAACGAGAUGUUUGGUUUGUGAAAAUGGAAAUUGUUUUCACAGUAAUCAAUUGGGUAUUCUUUGCAUUACUGUAUGGAAUUCCAAGUCUCUUUACACAAGUCACGACAUUAGUGGAUUAUUAUGUCCCAGUUGCGAACAGUGUUGAAAUUGCAUGCAUGAUGGAUACUUUUAUUUCUAUCACACUUCCAGUUUUUGUGUAUCAGGAAAUUGACAAGAGGAGGAAGAAAUCAUUACAUAUUGAAUCCUCCACCACCGUUUCAUCCUCUCUAUCAACUCAACACGAUGAAUAUCCAAAUCGCAUUCGAAAAAUUCUGACCAACGAAAAGUGGAAUUCCUUAUUUUUACAAUUCUCAGAAAAAUGUUUUGCAUCCGAAGACAUUUUAAUGUGGCAUGCUGUGGAACAAUUCAAGAAAGUAACAUCUGAAAAGUUAAGAAUUGAACUCUUUUUGAAAAUUUGUGACACUUAUUUACGAAUUGGAGCACCACUCGAGUUAAAUAUUCCAAGAAAGGAAUUUGGUGUUCCUGAAAUUAUGGACUUGUACUUGUCGUUGAGAAGUAGUAAUCGACAAAUAUCGGCUCUAACUCCCAUGAAGGAUUUGAGUCAGUCGAAUACUUUGACAACAAUUCCUAAAUUAGGUAAUAGUACUGUGAAUACGCCACAUGCCACAGACAUACCAGUGGUUUCAAAUCCAACCAUGAAACGUCUCUCCGUAAAUGCACUCACCACUCCUGCAAAUGAAACUCACCAUGCAAACAACCCAUCUCAAAAUGGCAUGUACUUGUCUCCUUCCAACGUCACCACCACCACAACAACUCAUGCGUUUUCCAUCCCCAAUGACAUUUUCGAUCGUAUUCAAAUCUGUUGUGAACACAACCUAUUGGAUAACUUUUCAAGAUUUGAACUAGUGUAUAAUGACGAUUUGAAAUCCAUUCUUUGA